CAAAACUGACGAACAAGAACACUUGAACAUGAUGGCCUCCAACGCAAAGAACUUUAAGAACUUUUCUCCACAUCACCCGCUCGAUGUCCUCGUGGCCUUACUCUCUAUCCUCACACUCAUCCACGGUGAGGUGACUAGCGCUAGUGUAUGUAAGUUGAGCAUAGCAGACAAUAAAACACUGUUUGAUACACUCGAUGAAAAAUACGAGGAGGAAGCAACAACUAUUAUCAUAGAGUACACUGUGGGGUUUAACAACGUCAGCGCCGACUUUGACCUCAGGAAUAAAUCAAGUCCCGAAUCAUUUCAGCCUUGGCGGUGAGUUCACAAGGUCAAAGUUCAUCUUAAACACUUUUAGUCGCCGGGUGACAUAUAGCAUGCCAUAUUUGUUGUUUAAAACUAUUGCAACCACCUGGAACGGGUCUGAUGAGGGUGGAAGAAGUGGGUUGGUUAUGGAUUGUGAGCAAUUAAAUAUACCGUAAAUAUUUUAUACAGCCUUCCAGUGUUUAAAAAAAAAAAAAAGCUUCUUUCAUGAAAUAAAUAAAUGUUAUUUUUAGUAUUAAUUCUUGCCUGUGGAACUUUUUCUCAAAUUAACCUAAUUAAAAUGUGAAACCAGAAACCAGAAACCAAUUCUGUAUCUCCACAGUUGGUACAGUACACAAGGCCUGAGCAGUUCAAGACUUCUGCUGACAUACAGCUUCCUAUACGGCACCAUGAAAUUCUUUUUGUCACUUGGAAUUGAUAAGGUGGAUCUCUCGAUCGACGUCAGCCCUCCUGGAUGUUUGGAAAGCUAUGAAAAUGAAGACUUGGAAAAUUUCAUUCGAAGCUUUUUGAUGGAAGGUGAGGCUGGUGUUUAGUGAGUUCU